AUGACACAUGUUUCAGAGUCUCAAGAAAUUCACAAACGGAAGCGCGAUGCGGACGAUGCUGGCAGCCAAAACAACUCAGACCGCAUCCCUCAACCGCCUCCACCGCAAUCUGGCAACUCAUUCCUCAUCAAUUACCUGACCAAGUCGAGCACCGGAAGACUGGAGCUCAUUCCUGGUGACGCUGACACAUUUUGCGAUGUUCUUGGCCUUCUCAACAGUUAUGAAGGGGUGCUGAACAGGCACGAGAGCCUGGCAGCCAACCUGGGUGCCAAGCUCACGGGCCCUCGCCUGUUGAGGGCCAUGGAGGGUGUCUUUGAAGGGCCCAUCAUUGCAUCUCCCGCAUCUCCAUACCAUCAUCAGCACGCGCCAAUAAGCUGGCUCGAUAUCGUCACGUUCGCGCGAUCAAACUCGGACAAAUUUGUACUGACCACCAACGCUGACGGUGAGCGAUCAUGCCAGUUCUUCCUCAAUGGGUCGCAGGUACAAAUCCUUGAAGACGACUGGCGACUGAUAGUAAACGGCACCCUUGACCGAUUCUCCAUUGCCUCAAACGCACCGCUCGAGGAAGACGAAACGGCCGAGCUAGCGACGCUGGACAUUGUUGAAAAGAGGUUACAGGGUUGCACCAAAAAGCACGCCAAGUGCUCUUGGAAGACCAUCACAGAGCGCGAAAUUGCAUGGCUCGAACGGGAAGAGAACAACGCGGGGGACGCUGAACUGGAAGGCAGUGGAUCUGGUUCGGGUCACGCGACAGGGUUGAAAUAUGAUGCGAGCCACGAUGAGCAGCGCCACACGACGGAUGAGUCUGUAGGUUCGCCACCAGCCCGCGGAGAGAGCUCGAGACCGGGCAGCAGGGGAAGCCAGCCCACGAUACGGCCACCUUCUCCAACCGAAACGGUAGAGAAGAGGGCACCGCCGAAUAGUCUGCCGCAGAUCCGCGUGUCCGUCUCGCCCUCGGCAUCCAAGCCAUGGCCAGCAGAUAUACUUCACCGUGACGAUCAUCCGGGCCCACACAGAGACCAUGCUCGGCUGAGCCAUAUGGCCUCGGUAGCUACGGCAGCAGCGGACGCUCGAGAUGGUAUCGUCAGGCAAGCCCCUUCGCCAACAGGGCAUUAG